GCUACAACGCAGUGCAUUCACUCGCCUGUUGUGUUAAGUCACGAAAACGAGUACUUCUGCUGACGCUACAUCGGUAAAAUUGUGUAAUUUUAAAUAAUAGUGGUGUAAAGUAACUAAUGACAAUAAUAAAGUUAUUUCUAUAAUACAGCGCAUUCAACACAAUGGACGCAACAAUGGAAAAUAAAAUGGGUCUACCGCCACCAUAUGAACAGAUGCCACCAAAUCCAGUACCGCCACCAUCAUAUUUCGGAAACGACCCGCCACCACCAGAAGACCGUCCACGACCGCGUACUAUUGUUGUUACUCAAAUCCGGGAACCGCCAUUAGGCCCCCCAAAACUUGGCCCAGGACCCACGGGAGCAUCAUGCCCAAAUUGUAAUAAAUCAAUAGUAACUAGAGUGGAUUAUGUUCCUAACAAUAGAACACAUAUCGUGUCUGCUGCUCUUUGUAUUCUUGCAGGAUGCUUUUGUGGCUGCUUUCUGCCGUACUGCAUGAAAUCGUGCAGGACAGCGAACCACUACUGCCCAUCCUGCAAAGCCUUUAUUGGCUCCUACCAGCCUUCGUAAGGAUAUAAACACGAAGAUAAAAACAAUAGAGAGGUGCAAAUUAAUUGCUACGUUUCGUCUCGCAUAAAACCAAAGACGAUGAAAAAUGGGUUAUUUAUACCACAUUAACAUGCUGACUUUCGCGUUCUUAAGACUUUAUAUUGGAUUAUUAAACGCCUAGAUAGUAUUGGAAUAAAAUUAUUAUAAACUUAAGUGAGAAUGUGUGCAAAAUAGAUACAAUAACAGAUGUCAAAUAAUUUAAAAAUUAAGCAUAGAGUUAAUUUUCAGCGGAAUGCCUAGAAGUUAUGAGAAUGUGUGUUUGUGUGAUUUUUUUUAUUUUUAUAAUUUUUUAAAACGUCGACUAUGCUAAUAUUAAAUAUGGUAAUAAUGAUCAAAUUGCUAUGUAGUGAUUUCAAUAAUUAAUCAUAGUUUUAUUUAUAUGUGGGCUUAAAAUGACAGAAUAAAAACAUCUUUCUUA